AUGUCUUGUGAUCAUGAAUAUACUUGGCGCCUUCGAGGGAGCAAGCUCCGGUCGGUUAGGUGGCGAUUCGAUAGAGUAUUCGUGAGAGGUAAAGAGAGAACCACGGGCGCAGACGACGACACACCACAACACGCGACCCGCACCGUCGCGGCAGAGCCGCCGGCGCACGUGUGUGCACACGGUCUACUCCUGCCAGCGCGCACGCGGACACACGCACGCACCCGAAGGUACGACGCGCGCCCCCGUGCACACGGUGCCGGAUCCGCGGGGUAA